AGGCGCCGCAUAGUCCGUUAAGACACCUGUCUGAAGCAGGCCGUGAGGUCCACGCGUCCCUCCGCCGGCGGCUGCAGCUGCCACUCGUCCUUCAAGGACUCCAGGACUUCCCCGCCCUCUCUCGUCCUCCAGGCCAGCGCGGCCAGCCAGAGCAGCAGAGCCAUGCUGGGCCGCACCGUCAGGGCGGCGUUCGCCGCAGCGAGGACGCUGGGGGCGGCGUCGGGGGCGGCGUCGGGGGCGGCGCCGUGCUCCGCGUCGCGCAGGAUGGCCGCCGGGCUGCAGGACCAGCAGCGCCGGCACCGCAGCGCCGACGCCAACACCCACACGGCCGAGGACCCGCCCAAGAUCCUCAUCACGGGCAGCCUCGGCCAGCUAGGCCUCGAGAUGGCGCGCUUCCUCCGCGUCAAGUACGGCCAGGAGAACGUCCUCAUGUCCGACAUCAUCAAGCCCACCAAGUCCACGGCGGCCGAGGGCCCGUACAUCUUCGCCGACAUCCUGGACUUCAAGGGCCUCCAGGAGAUCGUCGUGUCGCACCGCAUCGACUGGAUCAUCCACUUCAGCGCGCUGCUCAGCGCCGUCGGCGAGCAGAACGUGCCCCUCGCCGUCAGAGUCAACAUAGAAGGCGUGCACAACGUCAUCGAGCUGGCCAAGCAGUACCGCCUGCGCCUCUUCGUGCCCUCCACCAUCGGCUCGUUCGGCCCCGACUCGCCGCGCAACCCCACGCCCAACGUGACGGUGCAGCGGCCGCGCACCAUCUACGGCGUGAGCAAGGUGCACGCCGAGCUGCUGGGCGAGUACUACCACCACCGCUUCGGCCUCGACUUCCGCUGCCUGCGCUUCCCCGGCGUCAUCUCGUCGGACCCCCCGGGCGGCGGCACCACCGACUACGCCGUGUUCAUGUUCUUCGAGGCGCUGCGCACGGGCAAGUUCGAGUGCUACCUGCGGCCCGACACGCGCCUGCCCAUGAUGCACAUCACGGACUGCCUGCGGUCGCUGUGGGAGUUCCUGACGGUGCCGCCGGACCAGCUCCGGCGCCGCGUCUACAACGUCACGGCCAUGAGCUUCACGCCCGAGGAGCUCGCCGAGGAGCUGCGGAAGUACGUGCCGCACCUGCAGGUCUCCUACAAGCCCGACAGCCGGCAAUUGAUCGCCGAUUCCUGGCCGCAAGUUUUCGACGACAGCGAGGCGAGAAAAGACUGGGGCUGGGAGCACAAAUACAACCUCGAAGAACUGGUGAAGACGAUGGUCCGAGAGGUGGGAGCCCAGGUGCAGGGACAGAAAAAUUGACUGUGAACUGUUGUUAAGUGGGACUUUUUGUGAGCAAGAGUAAGUUCUGAAGACCUUGAACUACUGGUACGGUCGCGUGGCCGUAGGUGCAAAGCGGUGCAAAGCCUUAAUUUUUUUACCUUCAUACAAAUAAUAUUUUUAUCUUGUCGCAUUUAGAUGUGAGUGAUUUUCUUGUGAUAGCUUAACUUAGUUAUAUUUUCAGGCAGAUCACGUAUAGGAAUGGUCAAAUGUGUUUAUAUUUUUAAUGAGUAAGACAAAGGUAAGGAGAAAGUUCUGAAGGUAUAACGAUACAGACUCAAAGUAAUGACAGGAAGUAUUACUGGAUGUUUGCCAAAAUUUAUUAUAAAACAGUAACUCUAAGACAAACAAGACAAUAAAUUUCUGAACUUUACACUUCAAUAAAAAUGAAAUCAAAAACA